AUGGGUGUGAAGAGAAAGGCUGCUGCUGCUAUCUUGGUCCUGCUGCUGUCCCUCGGCUCACUGUGGCUCUACGGAGGUUUGGAUUACCACUGGGAUUCUUGCUUGAAAGGUUACAAUCAGGUUAACAGAGUCCUCCAUCUGUCCAACAGCAGUGGGCCUGAUGUGGUUAAGAACCCCCCUGUCCUCUCCAUUUGCUCUGGCCAGAACUUCCAGGCGUCGGUGCUGGUCUCCCACCUGCUGGCUGCUCCAGUUCACACCUCGGACGUGCUGCUGCAGCCGUAUCUGUCCAGCUGGGAUGAGCUCGUGAAGUUCAUGGAUUCUCUGGGCCCAAUGGUGAGUCUGAUAUCCACAGAAAUAGAAAGUAAGACCACAGUGAUCCGCCAGCUGGCCCUGCAGUCUGAGGAGGGCCCUGAAGCAGAGUUCGGCCCAAACGUGAACAUAAUAAACUCACAAACCGGAGAGAAGAAGCCUCUGAAGGCCCCACAGCACUCAGAUGACUACCGCUCCGUGCGCUCGAUGAUCAGGUCAGAGUUGGAUCGAGCCGUGGUUGACUUCCACCACCAGACGGACUCCGGCUGCCGGACUCUCCUGCGGCUGCAUCGAGCGCUGCUGUGGCUGAAGCUCUUCCUGCAGAAGCUGGCGGAGUCACCGCGGGCCGGCCGCCUCAGGAGCCCCUCAGAGCUGUGCCGAGAGGCCUACCAAAGCACGCUGGCCCAGCACCACACCUGGCUCGUCCGCAGGGCUGCAGAACUGGCCUUCAUCGCCAUGCCGGAGAGGGGGUUUUUCUUCAAGCUGCUGUGCGUGCAGAACCAGGAGGAGCUGAGCGUGCUGUUGAACAGAGUGGUUGUGAUCAUCGGGGAGGUUUAUGACAGGACACAGAGAGCCAUGGAGGAAAACGGCAUGCUGGAUUUGCCUUAAAAAGGGACCUGCUGCUGCUGUUGUACAUUAUUUUGUACUGAACUCUAGUCUCUUUGGAAUCAGAC